UUAUGUUGGAAUGUAAACAGCCCCCCGAAAAUGAGCUUCAAAAAUCCCACGAUCACAAUCCGGCCGCCCUGAGUGAACAUCAGCUACGCAUCCAGGCCUCGCUGCAACGUCUCAACAUCCCCGACUGGUUUAGGCAAUACAAUCAAAAAUCCCCGGAUGGCUCGUCGGCUGCUGGCACCUAUAAACCUGGCAAUUUCACCCGCAAACGUACCCAAGAUUCUGGUCGUUGGGCCGGUCUUAACUCAAAGACCACAUCCCUUAGUUCGUUGGGUUCCCAGCGUUCCGAUCGUAGUCCUUUGUUGUUAAGUCCCUCGGCACAUAGUCAUCAUGGUGGUCAGACGGGUACGGCUGGUCAGCAUGGUACUGCAGCUGGUGGACAUGCCGGUCAUGGUGCCGGUAGUGGUGGGGCAUUUUCACGCUGGUCCACAUCUCACCUAAAUUCGUCACAUACAUCGCCUAGCGUCUCGCAACGCGGUUCAUUUUCGAGAGGUGGUCCCAUCAAUUCGAGCUUUAUGUCCGUCAACAGCGGUCACAGUGUGAUAAGGAAUUCAAUGCGUCAGCCCUAUUUGGGCUGGCGUAGCCAAGAGAAAUUGUCACAGAGAACGGCCCAUGAAAGAUUGGCCUCUUCUUUGCUGUCCCAGCAACAACGCACAUCGCCCACAAGCCAAACCACCCCUACGGCGGCCACUCGCAAGCUACAACCGGUCACCCCGGAGAUUCAAUCCUCAAUCAAGGAGGUCACAUCGGCCAUUGUACAUUAUGUAAACGAUCAGACAAAUCAACAGCGCAGUAGAUCGACGAGUCCAAAUUCGAGGUAG